UUCCACAGCACAACAGCAGGCAAAGCAGCAGUUGCAGUCACCGCAAGCACCAGAGAAUCAUCAGCAUUCUCCACGGCCAGCAUGCCCCCAAAGAAGCCAGCAGACGCACCAGCCUCCCCAGCCCCAUCCCCGGCUCCGGAGGCCGGACCUGCCGCUCCUGAAGCCCCUCCGGCUGCCCCAACCCCAGAGCCCGCCGCCGCCCCUGCCCCAGAGCCUGCCCCAGAACCUGCUGCUGACCCUGCACCUGAACCUGCCCCCGCUACCGACCCCGAGCCUGCCCCUGCUGCUGAGCCUGCUGCUGCCCCUGCUCCAGAGCCCGCUCCAGCACCUGCGGAACCGGCCCCAGCUCCUGCCCCAGAGCCUGCCCCAGCACCAGAACCUGCCCCUGCCAAGGCUAAAUCACCAGAACCUGCCCCUGCUCCAAAGGUUAAAUCGCCAGAGCCUGCCCCUGCCCCAAAGGUUAAAUCGCCAGCGCCUGCUCCAAAGAUUAAAUCGCCAGAGCCUCCAAAGGCUAAGUCUCCUGCUCCACCCAAAGCCAAAGCGGCUGCUGAAAAAAAAGCACCAGCCAAGGCAGCAGCCCCUGCCCCAGCAGCCCCAGCUCCAGCACCAGCACCAGCACCUGCAGCAGCUCCAGCACCAGCACAAGAGCCAGCUCCUGAACCACCAAAAGUCGCUGGAGCUGUCGUGACAACCACCACACCUGUAGACUUCAGUAUUGACCAGAUAGAAGAGUUCAAAGAGGCCUUUAUGCUCUUCGACCGGACCCCGAAUGGAGAGAUGAAGAUUACGUUUGCCCAGUGUGGCGACGUGAUGCGGGCCCUGGGCCAGAACCCCACCAACGCAGAAGUCCUCAACGUACUGGGCAAACCCAAAGUGGAGGAGAUGGGCACUAAGCUGAUUGACUUUGACACAUUCUUGCCGAUGCUUCAACAAAUCCAAAAGUCCAAAGACAGGGGCACCUUUGAGGACUUUGUGGAGGGACUCCGGGUUUUCGACAAGGAGGGAAACGGUACCGUCAUGGGGGCCGAGCUGCGGCACGUGCUGGCCACUCUCGGUGAGAAGAUGAGUGAGGCAGAGGUGGACAUGGUGUUAGCGGGACAGGAGGACACCAAUGGCUGCAUCAACUAUGAAGCCUUCGUCAAGCACAUUAUGGCUGGCUGAACAAGACCAUUGGAAUACUGGGGAAUGGAUCACUCUGAUAUGAAGUCCACAGGAGGGUGAUAUGACAGCUGUGCACUGCAGCCGUUCCAGGUUUACACGAAACGAAACAAAGGUCCACUGGAGUGAAUCUAACAUUUUGUUUGUCCAUAAGUGUUCUCAUUGGUACUAAGUGUGGGACUCUAGACUACUGUACUCGCAGGGAAUUACAGUGAUGUUGCUUUUGUUCAGAAUAUACAGGUAAUAAAGUGUUUGUUUUUAAA